CAUGAUGUUUCAUCAAAGCAAUAGUAACCCUAAGAAAAAUAGUGUUAAAAAUAAUUGUUAUUGGAGAAACUGAAGUGUAGGUGACAGUUCUGAGACAUCACCACCAAGCUAGGCACCAGGGAGAUGACCGAGAUGGACCCCAAAACCAUACAGUGUAUCACCUUGGUGGUGGAGACGCUCUUGCGGCAGAGGCAAGACAAGUUUCAGAUCAUGUUGGACCAGAUCAUUGGAAGAAUCAAUGACAUGAGCAGUCGCAUUGACCAUCUGGAGAAAAAUAUUGCUGACCUCAUGACCCAGGCUGGAGUGGAAGACCUGGAAGGUGAAAAAGAUUCCAACUGCACAUAGGAGUUGAAAGCUGCUGUUAUUCGCACUGAAUUCAUAAUGUUGUUUUCCUAAGCCAAGAGAAAAACAAGUGGCUUUCUGCAACUAACUGCUAUGUGUUGACAGGCUUAUAAAGCUUGCACUCUUACCACAGCCUGCAUGCUCUACACAGGGUACCCCAUGUAGUCCCCCCAUUUCUCAAAUUGCUAUCUCCACAUCUUGGUCAGUUAUCUUAAUUAUUAAACAUGAAAAUGGCGGUUUCUGCAUACAAUUAUCAAUCUUUUUAGUGACUUUCUGAAGUCUUUUCCCCACUGUCCCUUUUGUGGUCAUUGCUGUUUGAGAAGUGGCAGAGUGUACUUUCCAAUCGGGUGACUAACAGCUCCUCCCCUUGGCAGAAGCCGUGAUGAGUACCUUAGGGUUCUUUCAUUUUCAGCACAAAAGUGGCUGUUGGGUAGACAGUAAAGUGUCAGAAAUACUUUUCCAAAUGACUGAGAACAUUUAACAACAGUUGGUGCCGAAUAGACUGUCAGAGUUCUGCGCGAGAUUCCAGUGGCAUUGGUAGAUCCUACAGUGCUCAGCCACCGCGGGAUGUCAGAACCCAGUGACCCUGUCCUCCCUUCGAGCUACUAACUGAAAGGGAAGAGACCAAAAGAGUGAG